AAUGUCAUUAAAUGAGGGAUAUCACAAUAAAAUUGAGCCCGGUGCCGGUAGUGCUGGAGAUGAUCAAGCCUCGGGAUCUGGCACCGCCAGGAGCAGUGCAGCCGGCGAUGCUCCUACUUCCAGCAAGGAACUGCAUCAACAGAUUCUCAAUGAGACGACAUAUUUGAAGCCCUCGAAGCAAGCCUAUUUCAGUGAUGAAAAAGUGCUUAUACCUGACGAUGAACGCACAAAUAUCGGUUUCAGUUUUCGCAAGCUGUGGGCCUUCACGGGCCCCGGUUUUCUCAUGUCCAUUGCGUAUCUAGAUCCGGGCAAUAUUGAAUCCGAUUUGCAAUCUGGUGCAGCAGCCAAAUACAAAAUUCUUUGGGUACUCUUGUGGGCCACGGUUUUGGGUCUGCUCAUGCAACGCUUGGCUGCAAGAUUGGGCGUCGUGACGGGCCUGCAUCUGGCGGAGAUGUGCUAUCGUCAGUACAAACGUUUGCCACGUUGGAUACUCUGGAUAAUGAUUGAGAUUGCCAUCAUUGGCUCUGACAUGCAGGAGGUAAUUGGUACUGCCAUUGCCAUAUAUCUACUAUCCAACAAAGCUGUGCCUUUGUGGGGUGGUGUAUUGAUCACCAUCUUUGAUACAUUUACGUUCCUAUUUCUGGAUAAGUAUGGAUUACGUAAGCUGGAGUUCCUAUUUGGUUUCUUAAUCACUGUUAUGGCUGUCACGUUCGGCUAUCAGUACAUUGUCUCAGCUCCCAACCAAGGCGAAGUUAUGGAAGGCAUGUUUAUACCUUGGUGCUCCAAUUGCAAUUCGGAUGUAUUGUUGCAAGCUGUGGGCGUGGUUGGUGCUGUUAUCAUGCCACACAAUCUGUAUUUGCACUCUGCUUUGGUUAAGUCCCGCGAUGUAGAUCGUCGCCAGCCAAAGAAAGUAAGCGAAGCGAACUUCUAUUUCUUUAUUGAGGCGUCCAUUGCGCUGUUUGUUUCCUUUAUCAUCAAUUUGUUUGUUGUUGCCGUGUUUGCCCAUGGCAUGUAUGGAAAGACCAAUCGGGAUGUCCUCGAUGUGUGCGCGAAUAAGUCCAUGUACGAGGAUGCGAAGAUGUCAUUUACUGACAAACAUAAUCUAACCGAUAUCAUCAAUGCGGAUCUAUAUAAGGGCGGUCUGUUUCUUGGUUGCACAUUUGGAGCGGCUGCCAUGUAUAUUUGGGGUGUGGGCAUCUUGGCUGCUGGCCAAAGCUCCACAAUGACGGGCACGUAUGCGGGCCAGUUCUCAAUGGAGGGUUUCCUCAAUCUGCAGUGGCCACGCUGGUGUCGCGUGCUGGUCACGCGCUGCAUUGCCAUCAUACCCACAUUCUGCCUGGCCAUGUUCAGCCAAAUGGAAGAUCUAACCAAUAUGAAUGACAUUCUGAAUGCUGUCAUGUCACUGCAGUUGCCAUUUGCAGCUAUACCUACCAUAGCAUUCACCUCAAGCGCAGCCAUUAUGGGCGAGUUUGUCAAUGGAAUCGGCAACAAGAUCGUUUCCAUAUUGCUUACCAUUCUGGUUAUUGGUGUUAAUUUGUAUUUUGUGGUCGCUCAAGUGGAAACACUGAGCAUUAAAGGCGGCAUGUUGGCUCUCGUCUGCAUAUUCGCUGCUUUAUACUUACUUUUUAAUUUAUAUCUUGUGAUACACAUGGCCGCCUGCAUGGGCAAUAAGCGUCUGAUGAACAGUCGAUGGGUGCAACGUUAUGUGUUACCAAGUCAGAAUAGCUUUUCGAUAAAGAACGCAAACUCAACGUAUGCCAGUGAUGUUACCUUAGUUGUAGGCGAUAAAACUAACACUGCCAAAGGUCUCGACACUGUUUCGGAAAAGGUUGCUCAGUGAUUCUAGUUGAAUCAUUAGCUUAUUCAUUUACCUAGUUCAUACAGGAGACCACCAUAUUUGUGAUAUUAACCAUAAAUCACUAACAAUUAUAUAUAUAUUUGUACAAUAAUAACUGUAGAGUUCAUAAGAAUUUAAAACCCCCAUUUAAGCUGCAUGGCUUUUGAGGAUUUAAUUUCAUAUCUUUUAAAAGUAUCUAUUAGUUUCUGGUAAGUCUUAGCUUUGUUGAUAUUGUAGACUCUUAAUGGCAUAUGGCUUAAUGGCUUUAUUCAAUAAAUAAACUUUGCAUUUAUUAGUAAUAAUUUAUUAAAUUGGAAAGUGUUUCUUUUUAAUUUAUCAUUCGAAGAAUAAGAUAGUUUUUAAGUGGAUUCUAAGCAUACCUUGCGGAUGCGGAUACUAAGCUUGUGAAUUAAAUGGAUUUAACUGUGCUGAUGAUGGAAAUGCUGGAAAUUAUAGUUCUUAAAUAAAGGUUAUAUGUUGGCACCGGGAAUACAACGUUACUGGACACUCUGUUGCAUUUUACUUUGGCAUAACAAUAUAAUCAUCCAUUGAGUUUCUUCAUUUGGUGUGGCUAAUCCAAACACAAAACAUCUUUAAAGUGAAUAAUAUUCUACAUGCUGUUUUUUAUAUUUUUUGUAUUAUAAAUUCUCUUUUAUUAUAUGUUUGUGCGACUACUCUACUCUGUGUAUCUAAUGACAUAAUACACAUACUCUCACACACGCUAAA